AUGGUUUACUUAGUACCUUUAAAGAUAGCUGCAAAUGGAAGAUAUAGAACUGGUAGAGAAUCCAUCAUGAUUCAGAUACACAAAUUGGUUAUACUGAUAUUUAUAGCGUCAUACAUCUUGCCAAUUUUAGCUGGGCGAGAUUUCUAUAAAAUUUUAGGAGUUGAUCGCGAUGCGACUUUAAAGCAAGUCAAGAAAGCAUAUCGAAAAUUAGCAAUAAAGUAUCAUCCUGAUAAGAACAAGGAUGAUCCGAAAGCUCAGGAUAAAUUUCAAGAUAUCAAUGCUGCGUACGAGGUUUUAUCCGAUGAAGAAAAACGAAAAACUUAUGAUAGAAGUGGAGAAGAAGGCUUACAGAAUUUAGGCCAAGGUGGCGGAGAUCCUUUUUCUAGCUUUUUUGGUGGUUUCGAUGGAUUCGGCGGUUUUCAUUUUGGCAACAAUCAGCAAGGAAAUCGCGAAAUCCCUCGAGGUGGUACAUUAACUAUGGAUUUAUAUGUCACAUUGGAAGAGUUAUAUAAUGGCGAUUUUAUCGAGAUUAUCCGUACUAAGCCAGUGGCUAAGCCAGCAUCGGGUAAGAGAAGAUGCAACUGCCGACAGGAAAUGAAAACUAUCCCGUUAGGGCCUGGUCAAUUUCAGAUGAUUAAUCAAGAAGUUUGCGAUGAAUGUCCUAACGUAAAAUUUGUAACUGAAGAUAAGGUAUUGGAAGUAGAAGUCGAAGUAGGCAUGCGAGACGGCCAUGAAUAUCCGUUUAUAGGGGAAGGUGAACCUCAUAUUGAUGGAGAACCUGGAGAUCUCAAGUUCCGUAUUCGUGAAAUGAGGCAUAAGAAAUUUCGACGUAUCGGAGAUGAUUUAUACACUAAUAUCACCAUUUCGCUAUUGGACGCCUUAAAUGGUUUCACGAUGAAUAUCGAUCAUCUUGACAAUCAUAAGGUUCAAGUGAAACGAGAGUCUGUGACGUGGCCUGGAAUGCGAAUGCGUUUAAAAAAUGAGGGAAUGCCAAAUUACGAAAAUAACAAUAUCAAAGGAUCAAUGUAUAUAACAUUUGAUGUAGACUUCCCAAAAGAUCGUGAAUUUACGACAGCGGAUAAAGAAGCGAUCAAGAAGGUCCUGCAGCAACCAAGCUCGCAUCAAAUUUAUAAUGGACUAUAA